AUGACAGCAGGAAAUAGCAAGAGUUUGCAGAAAUUCUGUUCUACAUCAUGUUUUCAUGCUACUUUUCUUCUGUCACUGAUUACUUUUAACCUAUUUUGCAAUAUUUCUUAUGUUUACACCAAUGGAACAGAAAUUGGAAUAGGAUUGACUGGGUUUGGAGUGGUGUUCACUGCUGCUGGAGUAUUGUACUUCUUUGACAAGGGACUUAUUGCAAUUGGAAAUAUACUCUUCUUGUUAGGAUUGACCUUGACCAUUGGAGUUAAAUCCACCCUAUUAUUUUUCACAAAGAGCCAAAAUUUCAAGGGUUCAAUCUCAUUUGGUGUUGGCUUCUUCUUUGUUAUGAUUGGGUGGCCUAUGAUUGGAAUGAUCGUGGAGACUUAUGGUUUUUUUGUGCUCUUCAGUGGUUUCUGGCCUACCCUUGCUAUUUUCCUGCAGAGGUUACCAAUUGUUGGUUGGUUCUUCAGUCAACCAUUUGUGACAUCGUUCUUUGAACGUGGAGACCUAAACGAGUGCCUGUUUGAAGAUCCGAAUCAAAUGAAUCAUAAACAUUGA